GGCCGCGGGCGGCGCUUUAUCAGCUGCCAGGGCCGGCGGCGGCGGCUGUCCGUCCCCCGCUCCCUCCCUCCUUCUCCGCUGUCCCCGCUGCACAGCAUGGCCGGGCUGGGCGGCGGCCCCACCGCCUUCGGGCGCUGCACGCACGCCGUGGUGCGGGCGCUGCCCGAGUCGCUGUGCCGGCAGGCGCUGCGCAGCGCGGCGGGGCCCGAGGUAGACUUCGCCCGAGCGGAGCGGGAGUACCAGCUGUACGUGGGCGUGCUGCGGGGCAAGCUGGGGCUGCAGGUGCUGGAGCUGCCGGCCGACGAGAGCCUCCCCGACUGCGUCUUCGUGGAGGACGUGGCCGUGGUCUGCGAGGAGACGGCGCUCCUCACCCGCCCGGGCGCGCCCAGCCGCAGGAAGGAGGUUGAAGCCAUGAAGAAAGUACUAGAAAGUCUCAACCUCAAUAUAGUAGAGAUGGUAGACGAAAAUGCAACCUUGGAUGGUGGAGAUGUCUUAUUUACAGGCAGAGAAUUUUUUGUGGGUCUUUCCAGGCGGACAAAUCAACGUGGUGCAGAAAUUCUGGCUGACACAUUUAAGGAUUAUGCUGUCUCCACAGUCCCUGUUCAUGAUGCUUUGCAUCUGAAGAGCUUUUGCAGCAUGGCUGGACCAAACUUGAUUGCUAUUGGAUCAAGUGAAGCUGCACAGAAAGCCCUCAAGACCAUGCAACAGAUGAGCGACCACCGCUAUGACAAGCUGACGGUGCCUGAUGAUGCUGCAGCAAACUGCGUCUACUUAAACAUUCCCAACAAAGGCCACGUCCUGCUGCACCGAGCCCCGGAGGAGUACCCAGAGAGCGCCAAGGUAUUUGAAAAACUGAAGGACCACAUGCUGAUCCCAAUAGCCAACACAGAACUGGAGAAAGUAGACGGGGCACUCACCUGUUGCUCUGUGCUUAUUAACAAGACUUCAGAAUUAUGAGUUUACAGAGUCCCUCCCUUGUACCUGGCAAUAAUGUUACACACAAGGUAGACGAAUCUGUAUCCACACUUUUAUUGUUUUUAUUGACAAUCUACUGUACCACUGUGCUACUAACCCUUGUUUACAAAUUUUUUGCUUUGUGUAUUUUUAUUAUGUCCUUGCAGAUGGUAUUUAAGGUGGAUGUACGGUUUGGGGGGCACAUAACUCUGAAGUAUGUUAGUCCCAUGGGCUAGCAGAAGACAAUUAUAAUGGCUAACCCCUAGCUUUAGUGUUUUAACAUAUCUGUGUGAAAAUUUUAUGAAAACCAACUAAUUCUUAACAUUUCAAGCACCUCUGUUGUCUUUACACUGUUCCCUUCUCCUGUCUUUUUUCUCUUGCUUCCUUGCUCUGCACCUUUUUUUUCCUUCCUCGGUCCUCUUUGCUUUCAGUGAUGCAAGCUAUCAGGGGGGACUGAAGAAAACUCAGUGGGCUCCUGAAUUUGGUAUCUUCUGUGGUAGGGAAGCUUUCCGUACAGCAGCCGGCACAGUGGACGAUGGUCUGUGCUCCCUGUCUCGGCCAUAUCACGUUGCUGCUGCUGGGCAGAGUCGUGGCUGGAAUCAGUCUCAGACACCAGGUAGCAACUGCAGAAAAAGCUUCCUCCAACGGGAGUGUUCAAGUGCAAUGUCUGCCUGGGAAACUUGAAUGACAGAAAAAGAGAGAGUAGCGCAGCCACACAAGAUAUAUCUUGCAAGUUCAGGACCCAGUUUGCUGAUAAUGCCAUGACUUUCAAUUUGGUGAGAAUGGAAGAGGAGUUUUUAAAAAGGCCAGAUGCCAGGGAGCACCCUGACCACAAAAAUGAAAGACAGAUGGUUUUGGAAAAGUUAAACCUACAAAAGUAAUCUAAAAUGGGGGGGGGGUAAUUCUCUUUGUUUACUUUUUUAUAUAUUUGUGUCUCUCUUUUCUGUUUACUCCUCUUUUGGAGGCCACUUACUAGCAAAAUCCAAAAGAAAAAGGUGAUAGGAGGAGUUGAAGGACAGCUAUUCCUGGAUUAUGCUUGUGAAUAAGGGAAGUUAUUUUUUCCUGAAAGAUUGGCAUUUGUACUUUAUCUGUCCUUGGGGCAGUUUUCCUUGGAACAAUAACAAUCUUUUUUAAUUGCAUGAAUAUUUACUGUGGUAUUCAGUUAAAACAAAUAUAAUUUUUGCAGCAAAUUCCACAACAUGUUUACCCACUGAGUCAUGCUUUUUUUUCACCACAGUAUAGUGAAGCAUGCCCCAUUGUGUUCACAUGCUUCUUUUUAAAUCAUUUGUAAACUAAGGAUGGAGAAAUUCCCAAACAGAGGCAGUAGUGGGAAAUCUCCAGAGACUGACGAAUAGUCUGAACAUGUUAUCAACUUCCUAGACAUCUCCUCCACCUUUCCUGAACCGCCGGUGGUGUGUUGCUAAGGUACAGUAGGAAGUGAGCCGGAGGUGGGGGGUGGGCCUCAGGCAAUCUGGUCUGCAGGAAAGCAAACAGUAUUAACCGAGCGCACACUUGGAUGUCCUUUGGAAACCUGCGUGCUUUUUUGUGCAGUCGUAAGGGAGGAAAUACAAGUACUCAUAUCCGUAGGUACUCCUCAGCAUAUCUCUGGCUUCAUCUCAGUGGCUAAUGAGGAGGAAACCUCCUGGCAGCUGCCACUACACAUCUAAUGCUUUGUGGGCACACUGUAUGUUGUGAUGACGUGAGGUAUCACGAGGGAAAGAGCAAUGGCGAGCAAAUACAAUGUAUGUGAAAAGACAGCGUGUCCCACAGGAAGUCUUGAGCCAGCCAAACAGCAAGCGCUGGUUUUGUGGCUGUGUGCUGUCCCAAAGGGGUCUCCUAAUGUGUCCCCUUGGUCUCCUCCAUUCCUAUGCGCCACCAUUUAAGCCUGACCCAGGUGAUUAGACUCUAAGGAUGUAAACUUUUUCUACCUUCCUUUGGUGCUUUUUAAAUAUCUGAUAAAGCAUCUUGCAUUUUAAAAUGACUUGACAAUAAACAAAGAUUUUGUGCCAAAAAAGUGGCCCUGUAGUAUUUAACUGUGACCUUCUAGAGGCGAGCUGCACUCUGUUAAAAAUGUAUGCAGCUGUGGGAGCUGUCGUACAAAGCUGGAAAAGCUGGAACAGAAUCCCCCCAACUUGUCCCUGCACCUCCUGGGGCCAGGUCCCGAUCCAUGUCCUUCAGUCCCUCUUCCCUGCUCUCGCUAGGGAGCCACAGCAUCCAGCUACACUGGGACAGCAUUAGGCUGUGGGAUUUCUAUUCAACUGGUCUUUCAGACUUUCUGUUGUGGUUUUUUUUUUUUUUUCUUUUCCUUCCACGCUCUCUUACCUUUGACCUGUCUCUCCCUUCCUCAGACUCUCAUUUCUAGUUUAUGGCACGAUGAGCACUUUCCUCUUUUAGCCCCAAGUGAUUUUGCCUUCUGUUGCCUCAGUUCUCCUACUUGAGUCUUCUUUUUCUGUACUUCUCCCUCUUCACUGUUCACUCCAAAGUAUCCCAACCACGUUGGACUAUCCUAAACUCACUCCCUCCUUGAGUAGGUGCCAGGAGGGAGGAGAAGCUGAGGGGUCUGCUUUGGCCCUGAGCAACUUAUUUUGAGCUGGAAGGAUGACCGUCAACAGGAGCUGUAGAUCCAGAGGGUGACAAGGGUGACUCCUCUUCUUGCUGCAGAAAAGAGAAACAUUUGUGGUGGACCUUGUUGAUACCUUGUGUCCCUGAAAGCAAUAGAAUAGGUGACAAUGAAUCCCCCUGGCUCCCAAAGGGAGGGAGAGGGGGAGUCAGGAUCUCGGAGCUGAGGACAUCUGCGUUGACAGAGAGGUUGGUCUUUCACCGACUGCCAUUUAGCUUUCCUUGCCUUCAAGGCUGCAUUUUGAUAUACAGAAGGAGCAAGGGAGCGGCUGAGGGACCUGAAUUCCCUCAGGCGAUGAUUUCAAGUUGUAUUCAAACUGUAACUUCAGGCACAGAAUUUAGGUGCUCUAAAUCACACCUGCUUUCUCUCCGUCGGUCUCAGUAGGUAUCAUAACCUCCUAACAUAGACGCUCUAAAUUACAUCUUAGCCCAAAGCCAAAAGUUACUUCCGCUGGUUAGUGGGAUUGUCCUUAUCUCUCCGCUUUUAGCAUUAUUCUUUGUUCUGGCAUUAUAAAGCAAAAACAUUAAGAGCACUUCAGUUAGUAGUAUGGUACUAAGAACUAAAAUCAUGCCAAAUGCUUCUUGUUCUUGCUGUUUGUUAUUUUUUUCUGUUGCCCAAAAGAAGAAUUCAGUUGUGGGGACAUUUCUGCUGUGAUACAUAUGCAUCUAAUGGGCAUCCUGUACAUCUUGUCACCAGAACGUUUCUCAGAUGCCUGAUAUAAAUCAUCAUCCUCGAUUAAUAUAAAUAAUAAAAUCCCAAACCAAAAAAGGAGAUGAGACACUGAACGCUAAUAGCUCCCACAUAAAACAGUUGAUAACAACGGUCAGGCUAUAUGACAUAGGAGGCCAGUGCAGGAGUUCUUGAGGUUAAUAACUCAGCAGUGGGGCUUGAAUUACUCAUCAAAGGUUUGUUGUUUUUUUUUCCUUUGAAAAAAAUCAGUUUAACUCAGUUCAAAUGAAGGAGCUACAGCGUGCAUUAUAGAUCUUUCACGGGUGUUAUCUUUGCUAAGAGUUGAGGGAGAGCUGUGAUGUGUGGGUUGCUUUCUUCACCAGAAUGUGAAUACAGUGUCUCUCUUCUGCAAUGAGAAUGUGAAUGCAUACUGUACCUUAUAAGAUAAACUUGAAUUCUUCCAUUUCUGCAUUUUUUUUUCCUAUGCUAAUAUACUCCUUUUGGGUCUUAAAUACAUGCCACUGUAUGAAGUUAUGCUCUGAUUUUUUUGAUUUCCAUGUGAUAGGUGCAGAGCUCAUAGGCAACACUAUGUCCAGUUUUAAAAACAAAAAGUCAGUGCGCAGAAUGCUGUUUGUUCACAGCAAAUUGGGGGUGAAAUAUGGAAAAAAUCUUUUGAUUUCAUUCAGCUUCUUAUACGUUAUAUCGAUGAAGUCAGAGCCAAAUUACUUCAACAUCAACAUUCACAUGGAACCAUUUGGGGAAAACAAUUUACUAUUUAAGAUUCUCUAUUUUUGCUUUUAUCGAUAAGGAAGCUGAAAAGAUAAGACUGCUUAAAGAAUGGUAUUUGUUAAGUGAUUGUGAACAAAGUAUCAUUGGACCUCACAUGUAUUUUCAGAAAAGUUUUAACUGGACGUAUGAUGUAACUUGUAUAGGGUUGCAUGUGAAUCGUGUUAGUCACUGUUUUACAUUGUAUUGUUCUGCAGUGCACAAAUAUGACUACUGAACACAGAAGUGUUACAUUUCAUUAAACUUAAAAUCUUGUUGCAGUAUAUAGUUCCCCACUUUUUGUGCCAAAAAUACCAAUACAUUCCAUAAUCUGUUCUAAUAGAGGUUUGCACUUUGAUUUAUUUUUUUUUGGUGACUCUUGCAAUUUCAAUACUAUAUAUCCCCAUCACGAAGGAAUAAAGUGUCAGUUGUACUGUG